AGUGAAUGCAGGGUCCGGGGGAGACCGGAUAUAGUGAAUGCAGGGUCCGGGGAGACCGGAUAUAGUGAAUGCAGGGUCCGGGGAGACCGGAUAUAGUGAAUGCAGGGUCCGGGGAGACCGGAUAUAGUGAAUGCAGGGUCCGGGGAGACCGGAUAUAGUGAAUGCAGGGUCCUGGGGAGACCAGAUAAAGCGAAUGCAGGGUCCGGGGAGAGCGGAUAUAGUGAAUGCAGGGUCCGGGGGAGACCAGAUAUAGCAAAUGCAGGGUCCGGGGAGACCGGAAAUAGUGAAUGCAGAGUCCGGGGAGACCAGAUAUAGUGAAUGCAGAGUCCGGGGAGACCAGAUAUAGUGAAUGCAGAGUCCGGGGAGACCAGAUAUAGUGAAUGCAGGGUCCGGGGAGACCGGGUAUAGUGAAUGCAGAGUACAGGGAGACCGGAAAUAGUGAAUGCAGGGUCCGGGGAGACCAGAUAUAGUGAAUGCAGGGUCCUG